CAGGUCACUGCGAAAAGGGUACGAAUAGUCAUACAUUAAGGAAUACCUAGGUGGUGAUAUAUUAUUAUUGCAAACGUUACAUUUAAGAAAGCACUGUAAAUUAUACUUUAAAAUCUCUCCUGAGCAAAAUAGAGGUAAUUUCUAUAUUAUAUUUAACGAGCGAAAUUCAUACUUACCAUCAUCAAACAGAAUGCAGGCUGCACGGCAAUGCUGCUCUUUUUUCCCCGGCGGACUCGUUCAAAGCCGGACCAACUUCCUUCUGAACUCCAGUAAGAUGGCUUCCUUGCGGAGAGGACUGUCCUACAUCAACUUUAUCAAAAGUACUGCAUGUGCCAUGGGCAACAACAAAUUGAUUCGUCGACAGUUUCUCCGUCUUCCCGAGAUCGUGCGAAAAAACAUUGUGCCCUUCAGCGUGGGCAGCGGAUUGUGUUCUGUUCCCUUCACACAGCAAGCUGAACAACUCUCUCAUGACGCCCUGAUCCGAAGAGCAUCCAACCUGGUCACAGACAGCGCAAACACCUACCUCUCUCAGGCCACUCUGGCCCUGGUGGACUCUCUAACACAGUACGCCAAAGCGCUGCACACCCUCGUUGCCCUGCAGAGGCGGUACUUGGCCUCCAUCGGUAAGCUGACCCCUGCAGAGGAGGACAGCAUUUGGCAGGUGAUCAUUGGCCAGCGUGGGGAGGUGGGUGACCGACUGGAUGCAUGCAAUCGAUUUGAGUCCAACUGGAUGAACGCCAUGAACAUCUGUGAACUGGCAGCAGAGGCAGCAUAUAGCUCAGGAGCAGAACAUGCGUCGCUCACAGCUAAGAACCACAUCCAGAUGGCCCAGGCCCAGGUGGAGGAGGUGAGGCAGCUCACCCAGGAGGCCGAGAGGAAGCUGGCCCAGAUCAAGGCCGAGGAGAUCCAGAGGAUGGCCGAGUACGCCUCUACCCUCGACAUCAACAUGGAGGACAUCCCUGAGGCCUACCUGAGGGAGGACUAAUCCUGUUCAGUCACAGCACCUCAGGACUUCACAGGACACAUUUUUUACCAUUUACACAGCAUUUAAGUAUUAAAUAGUGUCACAGUGCACAUAUUGGUUGCCUACAUGCUGUUAAGUGCCAUAGGUAAGGCAAUGCCAAUCAGUCAUAUACAUGGCUACAAAGAAAUAUAGACUGUCCUGUAACUUGCUUUCCAUUUUCAGUAGUUUAAGGUGAGCUUUUCAGGUGCUUUGAGAAUCUGAAUUAAUGUUGAUUCAUUCUGCUGAUGUGCUCUCUAAAACUAUUAUGCCUUAACGAUUUUUGUUUCUAUGCAUCUGUGAACAACAAAAGUUGAAAUAUGUAUCCAAUUUUACAUCAAUUGGAGAUAUCAAAAAAGUGAAAUAGAUGAGAUCUAAGUUAUGAUGAUAUUUAAUCCACCAAAAUGGUGAUGCCUUUAUUUACCUAUUUAACAUAGUUCUUAAGUUUGGUUUGAUUUUGGGUAUUGAAACUGAGUAAUCAGCCAGAUUUACUUUUAUCCAAGUACCUACUUAGCAGAAAUGACUGAUUUAAGUUGUUAGAGUUUAGUUGUGUUUAAGGAUGUUUUUGUUGUCCAUGUGUCAUGUUGCUCCCAUUGUUUAAUUUUUUUUUGUCAUCAUUUUGAAAACUUGGGAUGUACUAAAUCUUGUUUAUAAGAUAAUAUUUAAUAAAGAGACUAUUUUUAUACGUA